AUGGCCUACUCACACCAAGGUAUUGCUACUGUACCGUGUCACCGUCGCACCCCGACGGAAGACACUCGGGACGGCCAACGCGAACAUACUCAGACCCCCGUGACACCCGACCAGAGAUGCAGAGGUCGUCUUUUGCAUGCAAAUAGCAUAGAGUCCUGCACAGACGGCGGUGUUGCUCUUAGUCCAAUCGACUCCGCAUACUUUCGUCCGACCACGACCGAUAUCUUCACUGACUAUAGACGCGCCGAAGCUACCACGACACCAUACAAGCUGCCAUGUCCAAACCCAGGGCCAGCCUCACCUUCCCAACUAGCAAAUAUCCGCGUCCGCCGUGCACAUCAUGGCCCGGCACUACUGCAGUCACCAGCCCGUGCUGGACACGCUGCACGCAUGAGACAGAUAUUUGAAGAUGCCGGUCGUGGAAACCAAACACCGCAGCCAAACAGAGAUACCCUGUACCCGCAACUGCCAAAUAUAUCGAGGAAAGCCUCGUCGCCUCCAGAGCACAACGCCACUGGAGAACGUCAAACCCCGCACUCCCCUAUCCGUCGUCCAGAGUCGCUAUGCAUGUCAACGAACUCGUUCCGAUAUCGACUACAUGCGGAAUGUACGGCAGUAUCCGAAGCAAGCUCCGAGUCGUGGUCGGACGAUUCAGGAUACUUUAUUGCCGGCUCACGGGCCCGAUCAUCUAGUGUCGCCGUCCCACCCGUAGAACGCAUAUCCGACUGGCUCCUCAAUGUUUCUCCAUCCGAAGUAGAGCAUACCACUGAAGUAGCAGAGCACCAAAUUGACAGCUUGACACCAUCACCCGAACCGUUGCCCUGGGAAAACCAUGACGACACCCUACAAAGCCACACGUCGCACCCAAAACGGGCGACUACAUCCUCUCCACCUGAUCCAUUCGUAGAAGAAGACAAGCACAAACUUAAACGCCACUCACUAUUCAAUAGCGACAAGAGGGUUGUCCUCGAUAAUCUUAUUGCAACUCCUCCCCACCACUCCACUGUAACUAUCCGCUCCCUUUCCCACAAUCCCCCCAUUUCUCCUCAACCUACCCGCACUCUCCUCGAUGAUGACGGCGGCGUGCAACUCAGCCCUCUCAGUCCAAACGUAUGUAUCGAACGCGGUCCAGCCCGCCACCACUCUGCUCAUCGUAACGAACCUCUCUCCUCACCCGUUCAGGACCGUCACCCAGCUCAUAUCCGACGUCUUCGCUUCGAGGAAAAUCGCCCUACUGGAUUGACGUUGGAUCCUCCGCGAGGCAGGAAGAAUACCCUUGCAGCGUGUAAGAUUGGGGUUGGAACAAGGUUCCAACAUGCUCGGCAUAAUGCGGGUAGUAGUGGUGGUCUGACUAGGUUUGGGCGACAAGCUGUGCAAGAUUGA